CGGGCAGGGAGAGCUCCGGGUCCCCGCGCGCGUAAUCAUGACCUCGGGGCCCCCUCCGGGCCGCGUGAGCGCGUCGGCGAGGCUGGGCGGCCGCCGCGGCCCCGGCCGUGUAACAUGACCCGAGCGGCUGGCCGGCCAGCGCGGCGCGGCCAUUGAGCCCUCCCUGCCCAUGAAUCUCUGGCGCGUCUCUCGCUCGCUCGCCCGCUCGCCUCCCGCCUCCCUUUCUCCCCCUCCAGCUCCGCGGGCUCCGUGCGCCUCUCCCUCUCCCUCCCGGUCCUCCCGCUGCCCGUCUCUCUCCACUGCCCGCCUCUCGCCACUGCCUCCCGUCUUCUCUCCCUCUCGGCAGCCUCCGUCUCUUUCUCCCUCUCUCCUUUGAAAACUGAUCUUUGGCUCUUAGUGUGAAAGUGAUUUGAAUUUGGCUCGGCGGCGCUCUGCGCCUGCGCCCAGCCUCUGGCAUGCUGGCUCCUUCCAAGCAGCUGUUUUGGGUUUGAAAUUCCAACAUGGCAGAGGCUGCAGUCCGUCUUCCCUUCAAAAACUUGGAAUGAUUUCAAAUCAUAGGCACCUUCACUUAACCCUAGCCUCCAUUCAUCAGCAAACACAUCGGAUCGAUGCUACGCUAACCUAUCGGGUUUUUGCUCCGCGCGUUCAGGUUAAAUGAAUACCUGACGAAAGGGCCCACGUUUCAAGGCAGUGACAUUUGAUAGCUGAGAGGAAAAGUGGCUUUAAUGAAAAGCAACCUUUGGAAUUCCUGCUUGUGAGAAAUCCAAUUCAGCUUUUUGUGCUGCCAGCAAGAAAUGAUCAGUAGCACCAGUGUUUAUGGCUUGAAGAUGCAGUGGACGCCGGAGCAUGCCCAGUGGCCAGAACAGCACUUUGACAUCACCUCAACCACUCGGUCUCCUGCCCACAAAGUUGAAGCCUACCGAGGUCAUUUGCAGCGCACCUAUCAGUAUGCCUGGGCAAACGAUGACAUAUCUGCUCUGACUGCCUCCAACCUGCUAAAAAAGUACGCAGAGAAGUAUUCUGGCAUCCUAGAAGGCCCCGUGGACCGGCCCGUACUCAGCAACUACUCGGACGCGCCCUCAGGGCUGGUGAACGGGCGGAAGAAUGAAAGCGAACCCUGGCAGCCUUCCUUGAAUUCGGAAGCGGUCUAUCCCAUGAACUGUGUCCCGGAUGUCAUCACGGCCAGCAAAGCCGGAGUCAGUUCGGCCCUCCCUCCGGCAGAUGUCUCUGCCAGCAUAGGGAGCUCUCCUGGGGUGGCCAGCAACCUGACAGAACCUAGCUACUCGAGUAGUACCUGCGGAAGCCACACCGUGCCCAGCCUUCACGCAGGGCUCCCGUCUCAGGAAUACGCCCCGGGAUACAACGGCUCGUAUUUGCAUUCGACGUACAGCAGCCAGCCGGCGCCUGCCCUGCCCUCACCUCACCCCUCCCCUUUGCAUAGCUCCGGGCUCCUGCAGCCCCCGCCGCCGCCCCCCCCGCCGCCCGCCCUGGUCCCGGGCUACAAUGGGACCUCUAACCUCUCCAGUUACAGCUAUCCCCCCGCCAGCUACCCGCCUCAGACUGCCGUGGGAUCUGGGUACAGCCCCGGGGGCGCGCCGCCGCCUCCUUCAGCCUACCUGCCUUCAGGAAUCCCUGCUCCGACCCCUCUGCCCCCCACCACUGUUCCUGGCUACACUUACCAGGGCCAUGGUUUGACACCUAUCGCCCCCGCGGCUCUGGCCAACAGUUCGGCGAGUUCUCUCAAAAGGAAAGCUUUCUAUAUGGCAGGGCAAGGAGAGAUGGACUCCAGUUACGGAAAUUACAGCUACGGCCAACAGAGAUCUACCCAGAGCCCCAUGUACAGAAUGCCCGACAACAGCAUUUCAAACUCGAAUCGGGGGAAUGGCUUUGACAGAAGUGCUGAAACAUCAUCCUUAGCAUUUAAGCCAACGAAGCAGCUAAUGUCCUCUGAACAGCAAAGGAAAUUCAGCAGCCAGUCCAGUAGGGCUCUGACCCCUCCUUCCUAUAGUACUGCUAAAAAUUCCCUGGGAUCGAGAUCCAGCGAAUCCUUUGGGAAGUACACGUCGCCGGUAAUGAGUGAGCACGGGGACGAGCACAGGCAGCUCCUCUCUCACCCGAUGCAAGGCCCUGGACUCCGUGCAGCUACCUCAUCCAACCACUCUGUGGACGAACAACUGAAGAAUACCGACACGCACCUCAUUGACCUGGUAACCAAUGAGAUUAUCGCCCAAGGACCACCGGUGGACUGGAAUGACAUCGCUGGCCUCGACCUGGUAAAGGCCGUCAUUAAAGAGGAGGUUUUAUGGCCAGUGUUGAGGUCAGACGCGUUCAGUGGACUGACGGCCUCACCUCGGAGCAUCCUUUUAUUUGGGCCUCGGGGAACAGGCAAAACGUUACUGGGCAGAUGCAUAGCUAGCCAGCUGGGGGCCACGUUUUUCAAAAUCGCUGGUUCUGGACUCGUUGCCAAGUGGUUAGGAGAAGCAGAAAAAAUCAUCCACGCGUCUUUUCUCGUGGCCAGGUGCCGCCAGCCCUCGGUGAUUUUUGUCAGUGACAUUGACAUGCUUCUCUCCCCUCAAGUGAGUGAGGAACACAGUCCAGUCAAUCGGAUGAGAACGGAAUUUCUGAUGCAGCUGGACACUGUACUAACUUCAGCUGAGGACCAAAUCGUAGUAAUUUGUGCCACCAGUAAACCAGAAGAAAUAGAUGAAUCUCUUCGGAGGUACUUCAUGAAACGACUUUUAAUCCCACUUCCUGACAGCACAGCGAGGCACCAGAUAAUAGUACAACUGCUCUCACAGCACAAUUACUGUCUCAAUGACAAGGAGUUUGCACUGCUCGUCCAGCGCACAGAAGGCUUUUCUGGACUAGACGUGGCUCAUUUGUGUCAGGAAGCAGCGGUGGGCCCCCUCCACGCCAUGCCAGCCACAGACCUUUCAGCCAUCAUGCCCAGCCAGUUGAGGCCCGUUACGUAUCAAGACUUUGAAAAUGCUUUCUGCAAGAUUCAGCCUAGCAUAUCUCAAAAAGAGCUUGAUAUGUAUGUUGAAUGGAACAAAAUGUUUGGUUGCAGUCAGUGAUAACUUCUUUAAAAAAAAAAUGUAAUGAAUGUUGGCACACACACAUAAAACCUGCUACAUAGGGUAUAGAGCCCCUUUCCAGUAGUGUUUAAAUCGCAAAGGGUACUGGGGAAGAUGACGAUUGCGUUGCAUCUUUAGCGUCAGGGUAGAUUUGGAGGAAAAACGCAUCAGAUGAGAGCUGCUGAUUUGAAAGCCCCAGAUGACAGAAAGCAUCUGUUGAUGCUCAGUUCAGUUCAAGCCAGACAACACUCACCAAGGAGCAAGGUGCAAGUGUGUUGAUUUCAGAAGGACGUGAACCUUGUGUGUUGAUUCCAUUCUGCUGUUCUCGAGAUUUAGUUGCUGUCAAGUGCCUGGAGUGGUGCUUUAUUUUUUGUUUGCCUCACAAUUACAUUGGUGGCAUGUGCUAAUAUAAAGAGCUUUAACUUCAAACAUUAUUGGACUAAAGAGAUGAACGGUUGUGUUACGACAGAAAACCAGAUUUUUGCCAUUUUAAGAGCAACAGUAUUCCUCAAUCCUGUCUGUUCUGCAGUAUUAAGCUAAGAACAGUUAAAACAGGGUAACGGUAAUCUGGACCUUAAUUUCUGCAGUUCAUUUCUUUUAAUGUUCUUGUCUGCAAAAACUCAGGAAAGCGAUUGUGAUUUGUACAGUACCUCAAAGGAAUGUGUUGAAAGCACUAUGUACUGCUGAGAGUAAUGGGAUAGGCUUCGAUGUUACUUUAUAUUAAAAUGUAUGUUUACCUCAACAAUUGGAAGAUAGCAAGGAAAAUUACUUUGAAUGUAUCCAGAAACAUACUGACGUGUGAUACAACUGAAUAUUUACGACUUAAAGUAGAAAUGGAAGGAUUUUUUUUAAAAAAGAUUCUUUUACUAAUUAUGGGGAAUAAACCAGAGCAGAAUAGUUCUUUAUGUCAAAAACUGCAAGAGUUCUUCGUACAUUGCUCCUUGAUAAUGAAGUGAAAAUGUUCUUAAAAGGUACACUGGUUAACGGAAAGCUACUUACUCAGUUUAUGUUAGUACCUAGAACACUCAGCCACAAGACCUGUUUAGGACCCUGGAAGUCACAGUACCUAAAAACUAGGACUGCCUUUUACUGCAUAGGGUGGUGGUGGUGUUGGUUUGCAAGUUCUCUCUUAAAACUGCUGGGAAUGGUGUCAUUCUAUUCACUAAUCUAGCUUAUAGGCUUGUCGUGCUGUUUGAUAGAAUGCAGAAGAUAGCAAGCAAAAACAAAGAAAUAAAUACAAAAUCAACCAAUCAACUUUAUAUAUGUGUGUGUGUGUGUGUGUGUGUGUGUAUAUAUAUAUAUAUAUCCACAAAGAACAUCUAUAUCCCCUCUCCUUUUUGACUGCUCUCUUCUCAGUGCAAUUUUGCUUCUCAUUUUGAAAUCUUCUGGGCUAUAGUGCUCCCACAUUCAUUUCUACCUCAGUUUUGUCACAUUUCUCUUGGACAGUAAAGUAGAAAAUCGGAAGUGGAGACACACACACACACACACACACACACACACGUGCGCACACGCAUCUAUACCUUGUCAAACUCGUUACUUUGUUUUCUCCCAUCUUUUCCCAUAAGUCUCGUCUCCAGAAACAUCAGUCUUCAUGCUUGCUUCUGCCUGAGUCCACCCCCACCCCGGCAUAUGUGGCAUUUUUCUUAAUUUUCCAUUCUUCUCCUGCUCCCCACCAAGUUGUUCUUUGUAU